AUGAUAUCUGGAGUUUAUUACGCCAAUUGGACGGUCUAUUCCGGCUGUGAACCUAUAGAUCUUCCAUACACCAAGUUAACCCACUUAUACUACGCCUUCUUCAACAUUGAUCCAGUCAAUGGCUGUGUGGUUCAUUCGGAUCAAUAUGCUGAUUUGGAGAAACCGAUACGUGAUCCCUUAGACCCUCUGAAUCAAGUUAGCGGUGUCAUUAAGCAGUGUCGGGCGCUUAAGAAGCUCAAUCCUGAUCUCAAGUUGAUCAUGUCUGUUGGGGGCUACGCUCAAGGGGGCAACUUCAACAGUUUGAUAGACCAGGGGCUGUGUAAGCUCGAUAAGUUUGUUGAUUCAAUUGUAGAGAAGGCAGACUCCUUAGGGUUUGAUGGUGUUGAUGUUGAUUACGAGUUCCCUGAUACCCUUGGUCGUAUGAGGGGGUUCAGUGAUCUUUUGGGGAAGCUACGUGUCAAAUCUGACAAAUUAUUAAUAACUACCGCUGUGCCCGUGUCGAAUGAGUUCUUGGAUCGCUUGAUACCGGAAAUAUAUCUGUCUGUUGAUCUCUGGAAUGUCAUGUGCUACGACUUUGUUGGUGAAUGGAGUCCAACUACUGGAUACCAUAGUAAUGUCUACUCACGUGACAGGAACAACCCUAACGAAUACAGUACCUGGAAUGCCUUAACCAACUAUAUCAACAAGGGUAUUGAACCAGAAAAAUUGGUGGUUGGAAUGCCUCUAUACGGCAGGGUAUUCCGAGGAUGUCACAUCCCCAAGAUAGGAGUUCCAUUCAACAAUGGCCAGCAUAACCCAGGAACUAUAGGGGAACCUAUAUGUAAUUAUCACCAGUUACCACUAGGAAAAGAGUAUAAGGCCAUGGAUGUGGGGGGUUGUUUCUGUUAUCAAGCUGAGUUGCAACAAUUGAUCACCUACGAUACUGUAGAGAUUGUUUUAAUGAAAGUGGAGAUCAUACGACUGUUGGGGUUGGGUGGAGGGUUCUUUUGGGAAGCAUCUGGUGAUAGUAAGGAUCAUCAAUUGUCAUUGAUUCAUGCUUUUGUAUCUGCUAUAAAAAGAUAA